CGCGCGUGAAACAUAAGAAUUUUGUCGCUUGGAGUUAAGCGUGAAUAUUAUUCACGAAAUGGGUUGCGUGAAAAACUGACGUGCGAAUAAAUGUGAAGAUAUUUUUCACAAUGAAAUUAGUGGGAAACAUUUUCACGCGUGUCCGAAAGUGAUAUUUUUUUACGGAAAUUUUAUUUUUUUACAUGAAAAAUUCACGUGUGGCCACUACACACUUCACGACUUUCACCUGUGAUCACGUGCAAAAAAUAUGACGCGAAACGUUUUCGUGACCAGUUCACCUGUUGUCACCAGUGGAAUAUAUUUUUCACGCGUGCUCACACACCAUUUUACGAUGUUCAUGUGCGACCAUAAUUCAUUUCAUGAUAUUCACGCGUGUACACACCGCGGUACCUACUAAAAUUCCCCGUGGGUGUAGUGUUAAGGGCCGUUAUCUGGCAGUACUAUAUUUGCUCUUACGUUACCCCCUGUGAAUAUGAGCAGACCUUUUCAACGUACGCAUGUCCCCAUACCUCCGAAGCACUCAUCAUUCACUAUGCAGAUACACGUCCGUCAUACUGCCACAUGACUAUCUGUAUGUACGUCCCUCGCUUACCGUUUUUACACGCAAAGUGUGGAGCCACAAACGUACAUGCAUUUAAUGUUUUUUCCUCUCGCAUGAAAAAUGUGGCGACACAAAGGUACAUGCAUUUAAUUUCGUAUGACCUAGACUUUGCAGUCAAGGGAAUAAUAAGAUGGUAAUUUGUCAGUAUACUUUUUAGAUGAUCAAAUAAUAUUUUUCCAGUCUUUUUCCUCAACGGUAUUAUGAUAAAUCAUAUUUCCUUCUUUGUCCUUUUGUUUAUUCACUUUUUAAGUUGCAGAAUAAAGCACAGGGUCAAACAGACGCUUCAAAAAACAUUGUUUUGGCGAACGAACUUUAAAUUAAAAAUCUAACCGUUGUUACUUUGACAUGAUACCCUCGAUAGAUUAUGGCGAGAAGAAAACCAUAUAAGAAAUUUGAACUAACUGUUACAUUUUACUAUCUGUACGAAAAAAUAGUAGUGUCAAGUUUCCUCAAAUAUCGACAACUGGUUGCUUUCCCCUUACUUCUCGAUUUCAUCCAAGAUGGGUGUUGCUAGUUCAGAACAAAACACGGGUAAAAAGUCUGUGGUAAUUAUAGUGGGUGACGGAUAUGAUGGAAUCGAUGUGGCAAAAAUUUUGGAUCGAACAAAUCAAUCUUUUGUUAUAUUAAUUGAUCGUAAAUCCUUUUUUUACAUAAUGUUGUGGCAUUGCAUGCAUCAGUUGAAAAAGAAUAUGCAAGACAAAUAUUGAUACUCUACGGUAAAUUACUGCACAUGGUGAGUGAAAAAAAUUUUAAACAUAAUUGCUCAACAAUUUACCACGGCGCUUAAAACAAAAAUACUUUGUUUGUCUGUUUUCAAGGUUGGGUUAUCCAAGCCGAUGUGACCGCUGAAACAGCUGAACACAUUCAAAUCCAUCGACGGUUGAAUCCACUUGUAUUUGAUUAUUUAAUUGCUGCUACAGGUGGUUCUUAUGCAUUCUCGGGAAAAAUUGCUGAACAUCAUAGUUGUGCUGCUUAUGAGCCAUUUCACAUAAGUGGCGACUGCGUCACAUAA